CGCGAGCAGCAACCGUCGGAGUCAUAUCGCCUUGUUCGUUCUUGAGUGAUUUUGCUAAAUUUUUCUUUGCUCUAUUAUUCACGUGGGGUUAUUUACGCGAUGGAAUGGUCAAAAGAACUGACUACUCGUUUAAUUGAGCUAUUUCGUGAGCAACGAGUAUUAUGGGAUCCUACAUUUAUGGAUUUUAAAAACAGAAAUAAAAAACACGACGCAUGGACUGAAAUAGCCGCAGAAGUGAAAACAGAUACAAGUGAAGUAGAAAAGAAAAUGCGCAUGCUGAUUGGGCAAUUUCAGCGAGAAUUGAAGAAAGGUAAAAGUGGCGAUGAAGUCGAUGCUCAUUAUAAAACAAAGUGGCUGUUUUUUAAUAUGCUUUUCUUUUUAAAAGAUAAAAAUGAGGCACGUCAUUCUACUGAAUGUGGUCUCUCUCCCAAGCAAUAUGCUGAGCCACAGGACACUAGGAACAUCAAUGCGGCUGAGGUACGAUUAAAACAGCCUUUUGAGAAUAAUAAAAAAAGAAAAAAUGAGUCUGAGUCAGAUAUGAGAGAAUUUGUGAAAGCCUGCACUACAACACUGAAUACGCCGGAAAAAGAAUAUGAUGAGUUCGACAAUAUUUGCAUGGCCUUUGCGGCAAAAAUGAGAAAAAUGGACCCUAUUCAACAAAUUUGGACUGAAUCGCUUAUGCACAAAAUCGUAACCUACGGUUUAUUAGGCAAAUUAAAUGAUAAUAUGGAUAUUGUAGACACGGGUUAUAAUAGUUAAAUACUGUUGGAACACCUUUAACGUCUCCUGUAAGUGUCAUAUCUUCUGCACAUUCAGGGGUCACAAAUGGACUGUGAGAGUCGUGACUUCAAAUCAGUGUUGACUACUCUGGAAAGGUUUUAAAACAAAACAAAGAUCUGUCAAAAAUUCACACGUGGUGUUUGCCAAUGUUUAUUUUCGUUUUUAUAAUUGGAAUAUAUUGCUUGUAGGAUAUUUAAUUUUUACAAAAUGGUAAUGUGUUGGGUACCCGAUUGUAAUCAAUGUUCAUAGUAUAUUUCCUACCAUAUUUCCAAAUAGCAUUGGUUAAAAACCUGAAUAAACGCAGUAAGUACUAUGUAGUGUGUAAAUCCUUGAUUUUGUGUAGGGACAAUUGUAAAAUUAAAAGCAAUAUGAUUGACAUGACAAACAAGGAUUGUGUCUUUAUAAAAAAUGUGCAGAUGAUUUUUAAAACAAAAUUAAAUUAAAAAUGAUUACACAAACCACGUGUAUAAUCAAUUGACAGACGUCAAACGUUUGCUUUCUUUGGAAACCUUUUUGACGUUUUGACGUCACACUAUUACGGUCCAUUAUUAUAACAAUAUCCAAAAUAAUAUUAAUUAAAUUAAAAAUCAUAUAGUAAUAUGAAUUACGGGAGAUAAAUUAUUAUGUCAUACCGGUUUAAUAUUGUGUAUUUAUUACUUAGUUACGAACUACAUAAUGGUAUCUUUAUGCCCGCGCCGGCAUAAUGUUAUACCUAAUGCCCGUGCGGGCAUAGAAAUUAUUACAAUAGGGAACAACAAAAAUAAAACAUUUACGCAUUCAGUAUUAUUUUCAGCAAUCUAUUGUUGAAAUCUAGCGUAUUCCUUGUCGUUCGUUUCUUUGGAUUUUUCGGUAACAGAAUCUGAGUCGCUUUUUGGCUUUUUUUACUAUUCCUUCAGAAAUAUUGAAUUUCUUCUGCAUUCUGACUUUUUUUUUUGACAAUGUUCGAUAGAAAAACUUUGUUUACGUUAAUAACAAAUUGUUAACCAACAUCACUUUCCUAGCAACGGUACUAAAAACCUGCUGCGAUACAAUAUUACUUCUAAUUAAUACAGAAUAAAAUUAAAACUUUAAUUGAUGCAAUGAACCGGUAUGCCAUAAAAUUUUGUAUGCACUACGUGCAUUAUUAUAUGUUUAUACCCUCGGGCGACAUAGAGGCCCUCGAGUUUAUAAGCUGGUCGCCCUUAGGGCAUAAACAUCUAUAUUUAAUGCCCUUGAUACAUAAAUAACUAUAAUGUUUGUUAUAUUAUUUGUCCUACUU